GCGGAGGGAGUUGUGAUGAGAAGCGAGCGGUUAUUUCUGGCACUACGUCUCGAGCUUCCAAUGCGCAUCCUUCCUACACGUUGUUCACUCUCGUAUAUGUAUCUCUAAAGUGUACUAACUUUCGAGUUUCAUAUGAGUGACAUUGUUAUUAACAAAUUAGACAAUUUGCUUUAAAUUAAAAUUUGUUUCCAUUAAAAGAAGCAAAUUCAUCGAGAUUCUUAAGAACAAGGAUUCUUAAAUCACAAAGUGUCAGUUUGACUAUAAUUUAUAAAAACAAGUGCUUGAAAUUUAAAAAAUUGUGACCUGUGUCAAUUGAGGAUUUAUUGGUUGCAGAUUUUUGAACAAAGUGCAAAAAUUAAAACUUGAGUGUUUGUUUUUAAAGAACAAAAAUUGAAUUAAGUGAAAUUUGUUUAAUUAAAAAAAAAUUUUUUAAAAACAAAAUAAGUGAAAAAUUUGCUUCAGUGACAUAGUGAAUUUACAAAAUUCAAGUACAGUGCUUUUCUUGGAGAUUAGUGAAUGAAACGAGGAAUAAUAAAAAAAAAAGUUGGAUAAAAAUUUGCAUAAAUAAAAGGUAACGGAAGCUGUGUGAAAGACGUGGCGGGAAGAUACGAUUCGUGCUAAAAGGCGCCGGGGAUUUAUAACGACGGGUGGCCUGAAAUAACAGCAGAGGGUGCAAGCUGGAAACAGUGAAUCAGCACAGCAUCCAGUAGUGAGAAUCUCCUGACGUGCAUCAAAUUCAAUAAUGCUUAAUCAUUGUGACAAUAAUUAAUUAAAAAAAAAAAAAAGAAAUUUUACCAUUUUUAAAAAAUUUUGAGACACUAAUUUUUGAUUCUCAAUUCCACAACAAAUUGAAAGAAACCAGAAGCUCAUUCAAGAUAACACAUUGCUUGGAACUAAUUUUCCUAGAAACAAUUCAACGAUCGAAGAGAGACUCAUGUCGCGUCGACAUUAGCUAUUGUUUCGCCGAUUGACAGGAUGGACGGGAUGAAGGCCAAUAACUGUUUUGUCCUAGGAAUCUUUGGGAUCCUGCUUCUCGGGACAAUUCAAGGAAGGAUCAUUCGACUAGAUGUACAAAAUCAAAAGAAUACAGUGUUUGUUGGAGAAAAAUUACACCUACGAUGUUCGACAACACCAGAAACAGAAUCAAUAAUUUGGUAUAAAAACGGUGAAAUUUUAAUGGCAAAAUUGCCAAGAAUUCGUAUUGUAAAACAAAGUUUAAAAAUUCGAUCAUUACGAAUGGAAGACUCAGGAAAUUAUAGUUGUCGAUUUAAUUCAAAUCAACACAUCAAAUGGCGUAAUAUAUCAAUUGAUGUGGAACCAUAUCAGAAUGAUGACUAUCAAGACGACAAGGAAACACUUGGAAAUAUUCAAAGUGCCUUUACACCUGAAGAAGAAACCAAUGAACUCUAUAUAGAAGCCAGAAGAUUACCAGAAGCGCGGUCCCUUUACCUAGACACAGAAUUUGAGAAUUCAAAAAUCGAAUACGAACGAGAUGAAAAUGAGGACGUGGGUGAACAUAAUCAAACGGAACCCUUAAGUGCUCCGUCCUUCAAUAAAAAUGAGGAAAUACAAGAUUUAAUUGUAAAACCGACGGGAAGUACAUUGAGACUGAGAUGUCCAGCUGUUGGCAAUCCUCGGCCAAACAUCACGUGGUGGAAAAAUAACGAUGAACCGACAAAACCUCUAGGAGUUAGUAGAAACAGAUGGAUUCUCAAGUUAGAGAACAUUGCCUUACAAGAUGCUGGAAACUAUACCUGCCAAGUUUGUAACAGUUUUGGAUGCAUCAAUCACGUCUUCAAAGUCGACAUUAUUGAAGCUACCGACAGUUUCUUGGAAUCGGAUUCUGAUAAUGAGAAAUUGGACAAUGAAAAAGAUGGGAGUCCGGGUGAACAUAAUAAAACGCUACCGGAAUGUCCGCCAAUGUUCAAUAAAAAUGACGAAAUGCAUGCAACAGUCGUAAAACCCGCCGGAAGUAUGUUGCGCCUGAGGUGCCCAGCUGUAGGCAAUCCACAACCAAAUAUCACUUGGCUCAAGAAUAACGAAGAGCCAAAGAGGACUUUAGGAAUAAUAAUAACGGUCAAGUGGAGUCUGAGGCUCGAGGAUGUUGUUAUUCAAGACGGCGGAAAUUAUACCUGCAUCGUUUGCAACAAUCUCGGUUGCAUCAAUCACACUUUCAAAGUCGAAAUCAUUGAAACUGUGAAACAUCGACCAAUCCUGACUGUAGCACCGGCAAAUACAACGGUACUAAUUGGAGGCAACGCUACUAUGAACUGUCAAGUACUUUCGGAUGCUCAUCGUCAUCUUGAGUGGUAUCACGGCUACCAUACUGAUCUUGAAAACAUCAUCAAAACCAACCAAAGCUUACGGGUCGAGGUUAAGAGUGGUAUGGACCACAAUCCUGAAGUUUUGACUCUUAUCAACGUGACUGAGAAGGAUGAGGGUUGGUACACUUGUAUAGCUCAAAACACACUCGGCGAAACUUUUAGCAGUGCUUAUCUUCGAGUUGUAGAUUCUUUGGAGGAAGAAAUACGAGUUCCCUUGACCGCAAGAUCACAAUCGUUGCUGGUAAAUGUUCUUGCUGCUGUGCUCAUUGUAUUCUUUGCAUUUGGCGGUAUUGUGGUUGGCUACAUUUACCACAGACUAAAAAGAGAGAAAAUGAAAAAAUUAUUGGCUAUCGAGACAGCGAGAGCUGCUGUGGUUACACAAUGGACGAAAAAGGUGAUUGUGGAGAAGCAAAAUCUCGUUAAUGCCCAAAAUGUUCAAGAACCACUUUUAAUGCCGGUCGUAAAGAUUGAGAAACAAAAAUCAACAGUAACAACCGAGGACAGUAAUGGAGGAAGUAUUUCUGAAUAUGAACUUCCACUCGAUAGUGCUUGGGAAUUGCCACGAGAACAUUUGGCUCUCGGUAAUACCCUUGGAGAAGGUGCUUUCGGUAAAGUCGUUAGGGCUCAAACAAAUACCGGAAAACCUGGAAUUCCCAAUAUUGUAGCUGUUAAAAUGCUCAAAGAGGGUCAUACAGACUCGGAAAUGAUGGAUCUUGUUUCGGAGAUGGAAAUGAUGAAGAUGAUCGGCAAACACGUAAAUAUAAUAAAUCUAUUGGGAGCUUGUACACAAGGUGGACCACUUUAUGUAGUCGUUGAAUUUGCGCCACAUGGAAAUCUUCGAGAUUUCUUGCGCGAUCACAGGCCCUCAUCAGGAUAUGAGCUGACGAUAAAUGAUGAUCAGAAAGAAAAGAAGACAUUAACCCAAAAAGAUUUGGUUUCAUUUGCCUAUCAAGUGGCACGAGGAAUGGAGUACCUGGCAAGUCGAAGGUGUAUUCACAGAGAUUUGGCAGCGAGAAACGUUCUUGUCAGUGAAGAAUAUGUCUUAAAGAUCGCUGACUUCGGUCUUGCUCGAGAUAUUCAUUGUCACGACUACUACCGAAAGACGACGGAUGGCAGGUUGCCAGUCAAAUGGAUGGCACCAGAAGCUCUCUUUCAUCGAAUCUAUACCACACAGUCCGACGUCUGGUCGUACGGAAUUCUGCUGUGGGAAAUAAUGACACUUGGAGGUACGCCCUAUCCCUCAGUACCGUCAGUAGAAAAAUUGUUCCAGUUGCUAAGGACGGGUCACCGAAUGGAAAAGCCACCCUGCUGUUCAAUUGAAAUAUAUAUGCUCAUGAGGGAUUGUUGGAGUUACCAACCAAAUGAGAGACCAAUGUUUGGAGAAUUGGUUGAAGAUCUCGAUAGGAUAUUAACCAUAACUACAAACGAGGAAUACCUCGAUUUGGGGUUACCACAACUCGAUACACCUCCAUCCAGUCAAGAAUCAAGCGAAGCAGAAGAUGAUGACGACGACGAUGACGAUGGCCAAGAAACAUUUUCCUACUUGUUGUGAGAUUUAUAAAAGUCGAAUUCAGAAAAAAUAAUAUUAAAAAUCUUCGUAAAUAGUUUAAAAUCGUUAAACCUUCAUUAUCACAACAAAAGUAAAAUUGAGAAACGAUAAAACUAUAUUGAAAAAAAAGAAGAUUGAAAAUCAAUAAUUAGCCAUCAAAUUUUAAUUUUGGAAUGUUAAGAUAUUAUGCUAAUUAAUUAAUCGACUGAUAUAAUGAACACGCCAAAUAAUACAAAUCAGUAUUGUCUAUUAGCGCGUACUUUAUUAUAAAUUUAAGAACAAAUUGCGAAUAUGAGAAUAAUAAUAUUGUAUUGGGGGAAUGAAAAAUUUUUUUUCAAAGAGAAAAUUGAACAUUUUGUAAAUUUUUUACUUAAAUAUUGUGCCAUGACUAAGUGCCUUGAUAAUAAUAAAAGGCAAUACCGACAUACUUUAUAAUUUAAAAAAUCUAUAUUAUGUAUAUCGGCAAUUUUUUAUCGUAAAAUUAAAUUUUGUAAAAUUUUUUUAAAAAAAUUAAAUCAAUUAUUUUUCUAUUAAAAAUUUUGGUAAAAUUUUAAAUUAAAUCAGAAAAUUUGGAGUGGAAUCUAAUUUUAUGUAAUCGCAGUUACCAUUCCUUUACCUCGUGUGUUAUCGAAAUUUAUUGUAAAUUUUAAAAAUUCACAUGACAAUGAAAUACUGCGUUUUCACCUAGUCAAUUUAUACUCAAGAUUUUUGUACAUUGAUAGAUUAUAAUGUUUAUAUAGAAAAUGUGAGAGUUCUACGUGAGUAGAUAUAGUUGUUUAUUGUUAAUUUUUGUGCAUUGUUUCCGUUGUUGUGAAAUUAAAAAAGAUGAUGUAAUUAGAGAAGCGAUUGUUAAAGAUAGGUACUUCAGUAUAUGAAAUUUGUAAAUAUCCCGUCCCUAUGAAUGGAAAUAUCUUGCUUCAAGACAGCAAACAUGGCCAAAAAGUUACGGAAACGUAUUCAGUCUGUAUAAACAGUGAAUCACAUCAAAAGUCGUGUUUAAUAUGUAAUUUAAAAAAAUUAUUUAUUAUUAUGCAUAAUCUUUUAAUUAAUCGUUUUUUAAUUCUUUUUUUAAAUAUUUAAUUUACAUAACAACUUGAAAUUUGUCUUUAAUUAUAAACUUGAAUUUGUUUCUAUAAACAAAUAUGAAUUCGCAUUUGAAGACAAAUUUGAAGUUGUUAAAAAAAAUCCAUGGAAAAAUUUUACUAUUAAACCGACUAUUAAAUAACCGCAUGUAGAACUUAUGUGUAAGAAUUUUAUUUAAAAAAAAUGUAUAAAUAGAUAUGUAAGCAAAACGAUUAGAGAUAGAUAUUUAUUCUGUGUAAAAUAAUUAUUGAUUAUUUGUAUUAUGAACCUUUUUUACCCAUAAUUUAAGAGAUUAUUGUUGCAAGACAGUCGAUCAUGAAGAGUGAAUCUUCUUUCGACAUUCUUAUAUUCUUAAACAAAGAAAUAAAAAUUUUGUAUAAUUGUUUAUUCCAUUUGUAUUAUGUAUUUGACGAAAUGAAAAAAAAAAUUAAGGCUAGUUUAAACAAUAUUGUAAAUAGUAAUAAUAAUAUUUUGUGCAUUAUUUAAAAAGCAACCAAGGAGUAAUCAAUAUUCAGAAAGUAGCCAGUAAACCAGCAUUUAUGUGCGUAAUAUGUAAAAGAGAACAUUGUCCAUGAAAAAUGAUUGUAAUCCAAGUUCAAACUACAAUAAACCAAAUUUAUACUCAA